AUGGCGUGCCCGCACGUUGGGUCCAUCAUUCGUUGCUACGAACAACGAGGCUCAUUGUCUGUCUGUCUGUCCGUCCCUCUAGCUCUCAGCCCUCCGACGCCCGCCCAGUCCGUCUACCGAGAAGACUGCACGCAAUGCUUCGACUCCAUCGAUGAUCCCACCGGCCUUGAUGUCUGCCUACAAUGCUUCAACGGAGGCUGCUCCGGCAUCCACACACACUCUCAGCUGCAUAGUGUCACCCGUGGCCACCCUCUGGCCCUCAACAUCCGCCGAACACGCAAGCAGGUCGUCAAGGAUGAGCCCGCUCCCAAGAUGACCAAGCUCGCCAUCGCCGCAGAGACCGACGCCGACCGCUACGAUGUCCAUACCUCGGCCAAGUGCCUCGAGUGUAAUGUCGACCUCGACCUGUUCGACCCCAAGAUCGCCCCCAUUGUCGACGGCAUCAUGAAGGCCAACACCUUCUCUCGCCAGGAGGAGGUCAAGGCUUGGGAGCAGGAGCUGACUUCUUGCGAGCACAUCCUUCUCCUGCAGCAGCACGAGGCCAAACAGCUGAGCAGCGACCUGGGACAGUGCUCCAAGUGCGACCUCAAGGAGAACCUCUGGCUGUGUCUUGAGUGCGGCAACUUGGGCUGUGGGCGAGCCCAGUUUGGCGGUGUUGGUGGUAACUCACACGGCUUGGCCCACGCUACCGAGUCGCAGCAUGCAAUUGCCGUCAAGCUUGGCUCCAUCACCCCCGAGGGCACUGCCGACGUCUACUGCUACCAGUGCGACGAGGAGAGGGUCGACGGUGACCUUGCCUCCCAUCUGGCCCACUGGGGUAUCAUCCUCUCCGACCAGGUCAAGACGGAGAAGAGCUUGACCGAGAUGCAGAUCGAGCAGAACCUACGUUGGGAGUUUUCCAUGACCACUGAGGACGGCAGGGAACUGCAGCCGCUCUUUGGCCCGGGCUUGACGGGACUGAAGAAUCUCGGCAACAGCUGCUACCUCGCCAGCAUUCUGCAGUGCCUCUUCGACCUCCCGGCGUUCCAGGAUCGUUACAACAGACCCGGCUCGGACCUGCCCAUUGUACCCGACCCUGCCCAAGAUCUGGAAACCCAGCUGUGCAAGGUGGCAGACGGUCUUCUCUCCGGACGUUACUCCGUACCCGAUUCUAACGUCGUCGCAUCCGAACAUUCUCCCGAGAUUCCGCACCAGAAAGGACUCGCGCCUAGCAUGUUGAAGCACCUAAUCGGCCGUGGCCAUCCCGAGUUCUCCACGAUGCGCCAGCAAGACUCUUUCGAGUUCCUGCAGCACUUGAUCAAACUCAUUACCCGCUCUCAACAUCCUAGCCCCCUCCGAGACCCUACCCAGAAAUUUCGCUUCAGCAUGGAGCAGCGUCUCCAAUGCAUCAGCUGCAGGAAAGUCCGAUAUCAGACAAACGAGCAAGAUAGUAUCUUCAUUGACGUCCCUCUCGAGAAGCUGCCUCCUGUCGAGGGCGAGGAUGGAGGUGAACGGUACAAGGCUGUCACUCUCAAGCAGUGCCUGGACAACCUGACGGGUUCCGAGACUGUUGAGUUGACUUGUGCAUCAUGCGGCAGCAAAGAUGGCUUUACCAAGCGUUCCAUGUUUAAGACCUUCCCCGACACUCUUGUCGUGAACGCGCGGAAAAUGGCUAUCGAGAACUGGGUGCCGAGAAAAGUGGAUGUGCCCGUUAUUGUCGGGGAUGAGCCUUUCGAUCUGGACAACUACCUUUCUCAGGGCAAGCAGGCCGAUGAGGACUUGCUGCCCGAGGACGAGGCUGGUUCUGCACCGGCUUUCGUCGCCAACGAGGCGGCAGUAGAACAGCUCAUGUCCAUGGGUUUCCCAAAAAACAGGUGCGAGAAAGCCUUGCACGCGACUGGCAACAAUGACGCAAACACGGCCAUGGAAUGGUUGUUCGGUCACAUGGAAGAUCCUGACAUCGAUGAACCUCUCGUCCUUGCUCCCACAGGCGCCAGUGGUGGCACGGAUGCCGCUGAUCCUGGCAAGAUCGAAAUGCUCUGCGGCAUGGGCUUCAGCGUCCCGCAAGCUCGCAAGGCUCUCCGCGAGACUGGUGGCGAUAUCGAACGGGCUGUAGAGUGGGUCUUCAGCCAUCCGGAAGACAUUGGUGACUUUGGCGACGAAGCGCCGCCUCCUGAAGCUGCCGAGAGGACUGAAGCCGGAAGUUCGACACUACCGGCCAAGUUUCAACUACACAGCAUCGUCUGCCACAAAGGCACCAGUAUACAUGCGGGACAUUACGUUGCCUUCAUCCGUAAGAUUCUUGAUACCCAGGUCCCCAAAUGGGUUUUGUUCAACGAUGAGAAAGUAGUAGAGGCAGGCGAUGUCGAGGAGAUGAAGAAGACAGCCUAUGUCUACUUCUUCAACCGCGUCGUCCUGGUCUGA